AGUCUCGCCCUCACGUCCGACAAACAACUCGUGUUCAAGAAAAACGCGUCUGCAAAACCACUUCAGCCCUCUAAACAAAUCAACCAAGCUCCCUUGGACAAGAAAAGGCCCAGAGAGGAUGAAAAGGACGCGAAAGACGCGCCAAAAAAGCGUCGACAGGUUGAACAACCACUACAAGUCAAACAGGCACGUGGGGAGCAGACCAAGUUGAACUUUGUGGACUCUAAACUUGCAGUCGGGCCGAUCAUGACCAUCGAACAACCUACGAAAAAAGUGGCUACCCAGAAACCACCUCAACAACCGUUAUGGACGCGCGUUGGCGUGGACUUUUCUCGUUUCGAAAUUGAAGAUCGCAUCAUG